GCUCCGCCCUGCUGCCUCUUCAUUGGUGCAGAUCACAUCACCGCUGCCUGCUUGUUGCAAACUACAGCUUUAUCACCCACAGGCUCUGAGCAGCCAGGAAAGAAUGUUCAUUCGCUGUCAAUCAGAUCACCUGGACCUCUCCCUCCCUCUCCCUCUCCUCUUCUGUGCACAGGACACUAUCUGAGGAGCUGGCUGCAGACGGGGAAGAUCAGCCGUUUGCUAAGAGUAAAGGGCCGCUCCCUCCUGUCUGCUAUUAUAAAAAGAAAGGUAACCUGGCCUCGAGGAAGGGAAAGACCACCUGCUUUCUGAGGAGCCACACAGGAGCUGAAUAAGAGGACAUCGGCUUAUCAGAGAGAUGCAUCAGGCAGGUAAUUCAUUCUGAUACCCAUAUCAAGAAAUAACAAAGAGGAUGCAUGUCCAGACUGCGUUGCUGAAGGAUUAGGUUCCGCUGUCUACAGCUGAACGCUGGUGGCUGGCAAUCCUGUUAUAUGACUCUACAACAUGGGUGACAUCACACACGGCACCAACGAGAGUUUCCCCAACUGGACGGCAAUAGGCAGCUUCAACAGCAGCAGCUGGAGGCCCCACUUCUCUGACUAUGACUGCCAGCCUUCUCUGUACAUCCUGUUGGUGUUGGUGGUGGCCUACAGUGUAGUGACUAUCGUGGGCCUCUUUGGGAACCUGUGCCUAAUCAUCAUCAUCCAAAGGCAGAAGGAGACGCAUAACGUAACCAACAUUCUGAUCGCUAACCUCUCCUUGUCGGACAUGCUCAUCUGCAUAAUGUGCAUCCCCUUCACCGUGGUCUACACACUGAUGGACCACUGGGUGUUCGGGGAGCCCAUGUGCAAGGUGAGCUCCUUCAUCCAGUGCAUGUCUGUCUCCGUGUCCAUCUUCUCCCUGGUCCUGAUCGCCAUCGAGCGGUACCAACUGAUCGUCAACCCCAGGGGAUGGAAGCCCAACAUCUCCCACGCCUACUGGGGGAUCGUUCUGAUCUGGAUAGCCUCGGCCACCCUGUCCGCUCCCUUCCUGGUCUUCCACCACCUGACUGAUGAGCCCUUCAAGAACCUCACCGCCCACUCCAGCUUCUACAGGGAUAAGUACGCCUGCACGGACGACUGGCCCUCCGAGGGGGAUCGCCUGGGCUUCACCACCUGCCUGCUGGUGGUCCAGUACUUCGCCCCACUGUGCUUCAUCUUUGUGUGCUACCUGAAGAUCUUCGUGUGCCUGCGUCGGCGGGGCGGGAUGGUGGACCGCCUGCGUGAGAACGAGACCAGGGCGAGCGAGAGCAAGCGCAUCAACAUGAUGCUCAUCUCCAUUGUGGUGGGCUUCGCCGUCUGCUGGCUCCCCCUCAACAUCUUCAACAUCAUCUUCGACUGGAACCACGAGGUCCUCCUCAACUGCCACCACAACCUGGUCUUCACUCUCUGCCACCUGGUGGCCAUGCUGUCCACCUGCAUCAACCCCGUCUUCUACGGCUUUCUCAACAAGAACUUCCAGAAGGAUCUCAACACCAUGCUGCGUCAGUGCUGGUGCAAGGCUGAGCAGGAGGAGUACGAGAACAUCGGGCUGUCCAACAUGCUUACAGAUGUCUCCAAGGCAUCUCUAAAACUCCACAAUGCUCCACUCAACAGCUAGCAGGAGAGCUUUUAGAAAACAAUGAAGCUCCGUCUCACCCAGUUGUCCAGUGAGCUCUAGGAGGCUGAGCUGUCACUGAUGAACCAUGGACCAAAUCAACCUUCUAAAACGCUGAUGUCAGGUGUCUUGUUGUUGUUCUUGUGUGCUGUGGAGGAAAAGAGUUAAUGUGAUUCACGUUAAAACAAUGUUUGAAGUAAUCUGUGACAGGAACACUGUAUCAUCAUUAAAACUCUGACUGUUUUCUGAUACAGUAUCUUUCUGUGCAAAUAUAUUUGAAUGCUCACUAUAUAAGAAACAUAAAAUAAUUUUCAGAGUCCAACGAUCACAUGCACAAUAUCAACAUGCCUGCUAAAAACUUGGAGCUAGGGUUAUAAGACAUUUUAUGGGAGAAGGGGUAGCAUUAGGGCUACACAGAGGCCUGUUCUUCUACAGGUACACCUGGGAAUUGCUCCACUGGCUGAAGCAUGGAGCCAAGCAUCUCUUUAUUUGAUUUGUAAAUCAAAUGUACCUUAGAGACUAGAUUCCAUAUUUCAGACAUUGGUUCAUUUAUUUAUGAUCUUGAAGCAUUACACAACAUAAGGUGUAAUCACAACCUGUGAAACUUCAAUGGACAGACAUGCAGUAGCAUUCAGUCAAAUCCAAUAUAUUUAAUUUGUGUAUAAUAUAUUAGAUUACAUAAGCCUCACUGAUUGUCUCAGCCAAUCAGGUUCUGAGUAGAGCGGCCAUUAUCCCACAGGUAGAGUCCUUCUAAAUGCCAACAAGACCUUAGGAUCUUGAAAGUCACUAAUCAUGGCGGCAUGAAUGUCAAGCAGCCAAAGUGAUCCAGUCCAAAAUACAGUCUAAAAACACAUUGAAAAAUGCCUUCAUACACCACAUGUGUUUGCCUGAAAAUUACUACCUUGUGUGAGGAUAAUUCCCUGUAGAUAAUUCAUUGCCUUUGGCUCAGGACACCUAAUUGCCACAGUAGUCAGUUAUCUAGCAGGUAAUGGCCGCUGCAUCGGACAAAAAUGCUGAAGUGUAGGCACUACACAUAAUAAGCGAUUACUAUUAGUGCCUUAACAGUAUAUACCAUCAUCCCAUAUAUAAUACUACAGUGUUAAAUGGAGCAGGCUGAAAGACAUCAGUUUACAAUAGUAUAGUAUAAGGAAUACAAUAGCACUGUAGGGAGCCACACCAUGGCAUGUUUCUGUAUGGGCGUAUACAAUUUGAUUCUAAGUUGUGUGUUUAUAUUAUUCCAGUUUGGGGAUACCCGCUAGCUGGCUUUCUCUUCUCGAUGGUUCAGUUUGGGGAUACCCUCUAGCUGGCUUUCUCUUCUCGAUGGUUCAGUUUGGGGAUACCCUCUAGCUGGCUUUCUCUUCUCGAUGGUUCAGUCUGGGGAUACCCUCUAGCUGGCUUUCUCUUCUCGAUGGUUCAGUUUGGGGAUACCCGCUAGCUGGCUUUCUCUUCUCGAUGGUUCAGUCUGGGGAUACCCUCUAGCUGGCUUUCUCUUCUCGAUGGUUCAGUUUGGGGAUACCCUCUAGCUGGCUUUCUCUUCUCGAUGGUUCAGUUUGGGGAUACCCGCUAGCUGGCUUUCUCUUCUCGAUGGUUCAGUUUGGGGAUACCUGCUAGCUGGCUUUCUCUUCUUGAUGGUUAUUUUAAGUCUGGUGAUGAUACUGCGUGAUGGCAGCAAUUGGAAAGCAGUCCCAGGCUGCCUUCUCUCAGCUGGGAUUGCGUAAGACACCAUGAAAAUAUAUGAGCUGUUAUAACAUCAGUGUAGAGAUACACUGACUCAGUGACAUGGAAUCAAUGGCACACGACAGUGUGCUCCUCUGUGGAGCAUAUUUAUAUAUUUAUUUAUUUAUGAAAUGUGUCUUCUUGUUGUUUUUGCUUGUGAGUUUUGGUUGAUCUGUUUCUGCUUCUUAUCCUCCUCACUCCUGAGACCAGGUUUGUUAAAAGAAAACAAAAUUUGCUUUACAUGAGAUCACAGAAACAUACAACAUAUGAGACCAAUAUUUGGGACCCUGAAAUAUUGAAGGUUCAGUAUUCUGAACGUCCGUACCCGAGGGCUCUCAGGCUGACUGUAGCGUGGGCACUUUAAAAUAAAAAAUGUUCCGUAUACUGAACAAAUAGACAGAGGAGGUUAUUAUUAACCAGGUCACAUUUUAGAUCUGUUUAUAAAACAUCUGUAAACGUGUUACUAAAGGUUAAGAAGAGAACAACCGUUUAUUACAAUGUCAUUUUAUCUUAUAAUUUAUCAUCUUAUAUAUAUUUUAUAAAAGCUUUAGUUACAUGUUUUUAUGACACUGUAUUGCUGUACCCUGUUAUUGUUAUUAAUAUUAACCAUGUAACACUGUUUAUAAUACCCUUUAUAACACAUGUGUUAUUGUCUGAUGGUCCCUACUACAGUGUCCCUGUGUGCUGUAACAGGUUGCCAUGGACGCCUGGAAGCUGGUUUUACUCUCUUUAAUGUUAAUGUGAAAUACUGAUUUGUGAAAUGUUGACAUUCCUGGUGAUAACGCUGUACAUUUUUUUAAAGCUUUGUUACAUAAAAAUAAAAAUUUAAAAACGUAACAUUUUUUCCAGAUAUCAUUUCAAAUAUUUUCCUAAUAAUUAAACGAAGCCAUGGCUUUCCUGUUGUUUUCUGUUUAAAGCUCAUGGUAAUAUGACCAGUUUUGCUCUGUGAAGUUUCGGUAUGGACUCUUCAAUAAUGUUUACAUGCUCAGUGCAUUGCUGGGUUUUGAUAGUGGAGUGUUCAAAGCUCAUGCUCUUUGUGAUUUGCUUGUCAAUGUAUUUGCACACUGAAGUACAUGUCAAAAGUGUACUUGUACUGUUUUGUAAUGUGUUUUUGAAUGUAUACCUGUAUGGGAUGAUUUGAUGUCGCCUGUAGUGUACCUUAUUAUUGAUCAAAUAAAAUGGUGCCGUGUGUGUGUGUGUUUUGAAA